AUGGGAAGCAAACCAAAUAAAAACACGAAUUAUUAAAAUGACAAAGGUCAUCUUCAUCCAAUUAAUAAUCAAACAAGACCAAGAUCAACUCCUAUCUGUCCAUAUAAUCCAUAUUGUAUUUAUAAUAAAUAAUUUAAAGCUUCUCAAACUUAAUUUAAUGUGACAAUAAAUAAUGUUUUAUUCUUAGUGGUUAACCCUCCAGAAGAUAACGACACUAUUACCAUGGCUGAAAAUUUUGAUGAACUUUGA